AUGAAGUUCCGGCGCUCGGUGAAGAGCGAGAAGCACGACUCGGCGAAACCGGUGCAGAUCUCCAUACCACAGAAGGAUGCUAUAGCCAUUGAGCCGCCGAAGAAGGUCAUCAAAGCACUCUACGACUACGACGCGCCCGCCGAACCGCCCAUCUACCUCUCCUUCUCCACCGGCGACUUCCUGCACGUCGUGAGCCGCGAGAAGGACCCGGACUGGUACGAGGCGUGCAAUCCACUCAAAAACGAGCGCGGGCUGGUGCCGGUCAAGUACUUUGAGAACGUGGGCAAGACGGUGCGGGAUAGCGGGGACUCGACGAGCUCGGCGAGCAAGACGCACGAUUCUGGGUACGCGGAGCAGCGGUCCACGCCUCCUUCGCAGAUAGGUCACGCUCCGCCGCGCACGAGCGUGCCGGCGGAGAUGGCGAUGCCAGGGCACAGGGCGAGUAAGAGCGUGGGGAAGAAUGCGGGUGGGGUUUACGGGAUUGUGUCGUAUGAUUUCGUGUCGGAGCGGCCGGACGAGCUGGAUGCGAAGGAGGGGGAGGCGAUUAUUGUGAUUGCACAGAGUAAUCCGGAGUGGUUCGUUGCGAAGCCGAUUACGAGGUUGGGCGGGCCGGGCUUGAUUCCGGUGUCGUUUAUUGAGAUUCGGGAUAUGACGACGGGGCAGGCGGUGCCAGAUCCGGUGGAGGCGGUUAGGAAGGCGGGGAUACCGCGGGUGGAAGAGUGGAAGAAGAUGGCGGCGGAGUAUAAGAAUACGAGUAUACCGCUCGGGACGGUGUCGAGCAGUAGCCAGGAUAUGCAACAGAGCAUGGACCGGAUGAGCUUGAGCAAUCGAUCGCAGCAUCACGGCAGCUACAGCCAUGAGAGGACACCGAGCAACGCCUAUAAUCUGCAGCAACAGCAAGCGCAGAACCUUUUCGCGCCGGAAAUGGCAUCUGUACCGAGCUACAGGUAUGUGGAUGAGAAGUUCCACUUCGUAGUGCAGUGUCAGCUCUCCAACGGCACGCAUUGGGAUCUAUCGAGGAUAUACGAGGACUUUUACGAACUACAGAUCAAUCUCAUCAACGCAUUUCCGGAGGAGGCUGGGACUGUGCCUGGGAAGCCAAGGAUACUUCCAUAUAUGCCAGGACCGGUCAAGUUUGUGACAGACAACAUCACCGAAGGCCGCCGGACGAACCUGGACGAGUACCUGCGAGAUCUGCUGAGAUUACAGCAACACAUCACCUGCUCUUCCAUUGUGCGUAACUUCUUCGCCCCUCGUCCAGGCGACUACGAAGUCGACGAGAACGCCGACGACUUCGAACGCCACGCCCAACCCGCUCAACAACAGAAUCGCUACUCGGCAGCCUCGCAAAGCUCCUACCAAAACGGCGGCUACCAGCAACAACAGCGCCAACCCCACCAACACAACCCCUCCCAGGCCUCCAACGGCUACUCCCAACACCAGCGCCAACCCUCCUCGCAAGCCCAAUCCCACUACCGCUCCCCCUCAACCUACACCACCCAAUCCCACCAACAAACCCUCACGCCCCAACCCUCCAACCCCUCCGUCGCCUCCGGCAACCCCGGCCCUGCGUCCACCGCCCAGGUGAAAGUGAAAGCCUGGUUCGACCGCGACACCUGCGUCGUCAUCCGUAUGCCUCCGAGAGGGCAAUUCAACUACGAUCAGCUGUACCAGAAGAUCGUCGAGAGACGGCGACUGGAGUAUAAGGGCAGCGAGCAGGAGGGAGAUAUGGAGGAGCUGGAGAUGGAGUAUCGGGAUGAGAAUGAUGGGGAGUAUUAUCGGUUGGAGGACGAUGAGGAUUUGGGGGCGGCGGUGGAGAGGAAUGAGAAGUUGACGCUGGCUGUUAGGGCGGCGGUGAGGGAUUGA